AUGGCGCGCUCCGCAAAGUCGGCAUUGGUUCUGUGCAUGGAUGUGGGCUUCUCCAUGAGCAACUCAGCCCCUGGACAAGAACCUACAUUUGAACAAGCCAAGAAAGUUAUUCAGAAAUUUGUUCAAAGACAGGUGUUUGCUGAGAGCAAGGAUGAGCUGGGCUUGGUGCUGUUUGGUACAGAUGACACUAAAAACCCACUUGCCAAGGAGGGCCAGUACCAGAACAUCUCUAUCCAUCGCCAUCUGAUGAUACCAGACUUUGAGCUCCUGGAAGAAAUUGAAAAUCAACUCCAGCCUGGUAGUCAGCAAGCUGACUGGUUGGAUGCUCUUGUUGUGUGCAUGGAUCUUUUGCAGCGGGAAACCAUGGGGAAGAAAUAUGAUCGACUCAACAUCGCCCUGCUUAGCGAUCUGAACACACAGGUUUGCACUGACCAGCUAGAUGUCAUAAUUGACAAUUUGAAAAAAGCAGGCAUCACUCUCCAGUUCUUCCAGCCCUUCCCUGCUGAUGUGGAAGAGGGUGGUGCUGGAGACGGUGACGGAGCAGGUCCAAGACCUCCGUCUCAUGGCAAAGGUCUGACCCAGGAGCAGCGACAGGGCUUGAAGAUGGUCCGGCAGAUUAUGAGCUCUCUAGAUGAAGAGAGUGGACUAGAUGAAGUCUACACAUUCAGUGAUGCCAUUGAGAAAUUAUCCAUAUUCAAAUGCAUUGAGAGGAGGCCCAUGGCCUGGCCCUGUCAGCUGACCAUCGGUAGCUCCCUGACCAUUCGCAUUGUUGGAUACAAGGCUGUCACUGAAGAGAAGGUGAAAAAAAGCUGGAUGGUGGUUGAAGCUCAGACAAACCAGCGAGAUGAUGUAAAGAGGGAAACGGUUUACUGCUUAAAUGACGACAACGAAACGGAAGUACAGAAGGACGACACUAUUCAAGGAUUCCGUUACGGAAGUGACAUAGUUCCUUUUUCAAAAGUGGACCAGGAGCAGAUGAAGUACAAGUCAGAUGGGAAAAGCUUUGCUGUGCUUGGAUUUACCAAACAAGAAUUAAUAAAUCGUCACCAGUUCAUGGGCAGCCAGGUUAUCAAGGUGUUUGCUCCCAAGGAUGAUGAGCAUGCUGGAGUGGCCCUGUCAGCGCUCAUCCAUGCACUAGACAGUCUUAAGAUGGCAGCCAUUGUGCGUUACGCGUACGAUCGCCGUAGUAACCCCCAAGUAGGAGCAGCGUUCCCUUGCAUCAAAGAGAAAUAUGAGUGCCUGUUAUAUGUCCAGUUGCCUUUUAUGGAAGACCUCCGACAGUUCAGCUUUCCCUCCUUGGAAAAUAAUAAGAAGUUUGUACCCACAGACGCUCAGCUAUCAGCUGUGGAUUCACUCAUCGACUCCAUGAUGUUGGUCGAAGAAGAUGAAGACGGAGAAGAAGUGGAUCUCUUUAAAGUCAACCAUAUUCCCAACCCACAGUUCCAGAGGCUCUUCCAGUGUCUGCACCAUCGUGGAUUACAUCCCAAUGCCCCUCUGCCCCCUGUGGAGCCCUGGCUGAAGAGGGUCCUUGAGCGUCCACAGGCAGUGUCUGCGCGGUGCCACGCCCCGCUGCAGGAGGUGAAAAAGAGGUUCCCUCUGAAGGAAGUGGUGCGUAAGAAGGAACAGAAGACGAGCGCUGACGUGUUUGGAAAUGGAAACGAAGAGCCAGAUGCCAAGAAGGUGAAAACUGAUGAAGAAGAAGAAUUUAACCUGGCUCAGAUAUCAGCAGGAAACAUUACCUCAGUUGGUAGUGUAGAUCCAGCAAGGGAUUUCUGUACCUUGAUACGGCAGAAGAGCAUCCCCUUUGACCAAGCCUGCCAACAGCUGACCCACAGAAUUGAACAGUUGCUUGGCAACAAGAGCUCUCAAUACUAUAUGAAGAGCAUCACCUGCAUUCAGGCCUUCAGAGAGCAGUCUGUAAAGAGUCAGAACGCAGAACUAUUCAACAGUUACAUGCAGUCUUUGAAGAGGAGUAUUCCAGACAGAGGACUUCAGGAAUUCUGGACUCUUCUUGUCCAAGAUUCUCUCACUCUGAUCAGCCAAGAGGAAGUGGCUGGAAGCACGGUGACCAAGCAAGAUGCAAACCAGUUCUUGAGUGCUGAGGAAAAAGAAGAGGCGGUUGCUGCUCCGGUACAGGACGACGCGGGAGACGUGGAUGACUUGUUGGACAUGAUGUGAGAGCCGACGCGCUUACGCUUGUGGACGUCGUCGUUGGUGCGACAAAGCUUUCCGCUGUCUUUUAUUUGUCCCUGC